AUAAUGAGUGCAAUUGCGCGCCGGCUACAGCAGCGAUGGGUGCACUCGCAGAGAGAUUGUUCGCGGUGGCUGCGUGCCUCGCCGUGGCCGCCUCAUCCCCUUUACCCAAAGCCAUUUGCGGUUACGAGUCGUGUCCCGUUCCGAAAGAAGGCAUGACGAAUGUGCAUUUGAUCGCUCACUCGCACGACGACGUUGGCUGGCUGAAAACCGUGGACCAGUACUAUUACGGUCAAAACAACUCGAUUAAGCCAGUCGGGGUGCAGUACAUCAUCGACUCGGUGGUGAAUGAACUUCCGAAAGACCCCUCCAGACGAUUCAUUUACGUCGAGACCGCCUACUUCCGCCAGUGGUGGAAUAACCGAGACCAAGAAGCGAGAGAAAAGGUGGAAGCGCUGGUCGAAUCGGGCCAGCUGGAAAUCAUCAGCGGCGGCUGGGCCAUGCACGACGAGGCCGUCACCCACUACCAGUCCAUUAUUGACCAGUUCACGUGGGGAUUUAAGAAUCUUGACGACAUGUUCAACACGUCGUGCGCCCGCCCCAAGAUCGGCUGGCAAAUCGACCCGUUCGGCCACGCGAGGGAGACGGCGUCCAUGAUGGCCAUGAUGGGCUUCGACGGACUCUUUUUCGCCAGGCUCGAUCAUGCCGACAAAAAUAACAGGUUUACAAAUCAGGGAUUGGAGAUGGUUUGGAAGACGAGCCCCGAUCACGGUGCCUCUUCGUACCUGUUCACGAGCGCCAACCACGAUAUAUUGUACCACUCCCCAAUCGGUUUCUGCUUCGACAUUUUGUGCGACGACGAGCCAAUUGUCGAUGAUUUAAACAGCCCAGACUACAACGUCGACAGAAGAGUCAACAGCUUCAUAGAGUUCAUUCAAAAACAAAGCACGUACAUGAAAUCAAACAACAUUUUGGUUACGAUGGGAAUCGAUUUCGCCUACCAGCAAGCCAGCUACUGGUUCAAUAAUUUAGAUAGGCUGAUCAAAUACACCAACGAAAGACAAGCAGAAGGGGGGAAAAUCAACCUUUUGUACUCGACACCUUCGUGCUACCUGAAAGCGGUGCACGAAGCUGGCUUAGAAUGGCCAUCGAAAGAAGACGACUUUUUCCCCUAUUCCAGCGACGAGUACAGCUACUGGACCGGCUAUUUCACUUCACGGCCCACGCUCAAAUUUAUGGAGAGAAAAGGAAAUAACCUGUUGCAGGUGUGCAAGCAACUGAGUGUUUUGGCGGAUCUUCGCGAGGAAAAAUGGGAGGACUUGGCUUCGCUGCGCGAGGCGAUGGGCAUCAUGCAGCACCACGACGCGAUCACCGGCACCGAAAGGCAACACGUGGCCGAGGACUACGCUCUGCGUCUGCACAGGAGCAUGGAGCAUUGCCGACAAACUGCUGAAAACGCUCUCAACAAACUGGCAGCGAAGGAAGGCUCGACCGAGGUGCAGUUCGACUCGUGUCUUCUCACCAACGUCAGCCAGUGCGACACUUCCGAGCAGGCGGAAAAAUUCGUGGUAACACUGUACAACCCUCUCGCGCAGGUGACUUCAAUGUUCGUCCGACUUCCAGUCCAGGACUUUGAAUACCAAGUCCGUAAUGAGCUCGGCGUGUUAAUUGACACACAAAUGCUGAAAAUUCCGACGCCGGUGCUAAACAUGCCUGGUCGCCAGAGCUCAGCAACGCAGGAAUUGCUUUUCCAGGCUGAAAACCUUCCUGCUCUCGGCUUCAAAUCAUACCGAGUUGAAAAAUCAAACACGGCCUCGCCGCCGCCUCAGCCUUCUGAAGAGCUGGUCAUUGCAAAUGACGUCAUCGAAGUCACCUUUGAUGCCGAUCUGAAGCGCCUCUCGUCCGUGAAAGACAUCGCAGCGGACAAAACUUACGCGGUCAGCCAAGAUUUCCAGUACUAUGAAGCUGUGGAAGGAGAUAAUCUCGGAGCAGCAAGACGCGCGUCCGGCGCCUACAUUUUCCGACCUGUGAACCACCAAAUGUUCCCGGUUUCUGACUCGCCUCCUACAAUUGAAACCUAUACAGGUGCCUUGGUGAAUGAAAUCCACCAAGAGUGGAAUGACUGGGUCAGCCUCGUAACCAGGAUUUAUAAAGGAACGAACCACGUCGAGUUGGAGUGGAUUGUCGGGCCCAUUCCGAUCGAUGACGAUAUAGGCAAAGAAGUUAUUAGUUUGGUCUCACUAAGUGGCUGGGAGACGAAUGGCAAAUUCUACACCGACUCAAACGGACGCCAAAUCCUAGAACGAAACAGAAACCUCAGACCCACCUGGGACUUUGACCCCAGUUUAGAGCCUGUCGCGGGAAAUUACUACCCAAUUACCACUGCAAUAUCUAUUAGAAACCACGCCGCAAACUCGGAGAAUGAAGAACUCGCCAUUAUCACCGACAGAGCACAGGGCGGUUCAAGUAUCGAAAACGGCACCUUGGAAAUUAUGCUUCACCGCCGUCUUCUGUUUGACGACGACAAAGGUGUUGCUGAGCCUUUGAAUGAAACUGCUUUCGGCGAGGGCCUCGUGGCGCGAGGAAAGCAAAUUCUGCUGUUCGGCCAGACGGAGGCGCACCCGACCUCGAUUUACAAAACGAGACGCCUCGUCAGGGACAGCAUGGUGCUCGCGCCCUGGCUUUUCAUCACGCGAACCGACCUCACACCCACUCAGUGGGGCGAACAAUACAACACCUUCUACACCGGGCUGAGGAGAGAGGUACCGCCGAACGUCAACCUUUUGACCUUGGAGCCGUGGAACGGCGAGGGCAUGCUGGUCCGAGUUGAGCAUUUCCUCGAAAAGAACGACGACCCCGAACUGUCGCAGCCGAUAAACGUCCCUCUCAUGGGCUUGAUUGACAGAAUUAACGAAGAGAUGGCGAUCGGAGAGACGAUCCUGGGCGGAAACCAAUGGCUCAGCGACAACGUGAGGCUCGAGUUUAAAAUCGAAGGCGAGGAGUCAACGAGCCAGCAGCUGCCACGACCCGACCCCAACGAGGACAUGGCCAACAUCACCCUCAACCCCAUGCAGAUCCGCACUUUCAUCGUGCAAACCCGCAGCACCGCAACCAUGACCGCUCCCUGCUCCAUUCUACUGUUGGCUCUAGCCAUUUUGACAAUUAUAAAUAUUUAAGACUCUUCUUCUUGGAAUUUAAUACAGUUUACGAAAUUCCACGUGAAUUUAAUAAUAAACAAUUUUACUAUUUUUCACAUUCUA